CUUUUUAGCGGGUAUUAGGGUUUUGGGCUUUAGGGUUUUGAAUACGUUCCAUUUUGGCGAUUUUAGAUUCCAUGGAUUUGAAUUUUUAGCCUUCGCAAUAUCUGAUUUUUCUAGGGUUUUCUUUCUCCUUGGCGGCUAGGGUUUUUGAUUCAUAGAUCAAUUUUGUUCUUACAUUUGUCUUCCCUUUUGCCGCUUUCAAAAUAUAUAAAUAUAUAAUCACCAGUCCUCCACUUUCGCCAUUGCUUUGAUUUGAUUCCGUCUUCCAUUUAUCUCGAUUCCGCCGGCAUAUGCGUUUCCGAACGCUGUUUUGAUCAUUACUUGAAACGGACUCUUUUGUUCCUUUGACGAAUUCGGCUUUAAUUUUGGUCAGUAUCAUCAGUGUUCUUCUUUCCGAGGCUGUUUUUGUUACUCUUUUCGAUUAUUUUUGUGGAUAUCUCCUUUAGCUUGUUGUUUUUCUGGUGUUUCAUCACAUCGGUACAAGCGUUGGUUCUGUAAGGAAUUUUGUUCUGUGAUCGUUGUUCAAGCAGAGUUUGUAAUUUAUUCUCUAGAUUGAAAUUUAAAGUUGUUGAUUCGUUGUGUUUAUUGAUCGAAGAGAUCUGGAUUUGAUUUUAGAAGAUGAGUUUCAAUGAUAUUCGAGGCUCUGUUAUACCGCCGCCUCUGCAUCCUUAUGGAGCCAAUGGCGAUGCCACUGGUUGCUGGUCUCAGUAUCCUAGGAACGAUCUAUUUGAUACACAAUCGCAAUUUGAACCACAGCUGCCUCCAUUCAAAAGAGCUAGAAAUUCUGAAGAAAACCAAUCUAGAGUUCAAAAUGGUCCAAUGAAUAAAGGAAUAAACAAUAUCUUCUUCAAGACAAGGAUGUGUGCGAAAUUCAAGCUUGGUUUGUGUAGGAAUGGAGCGAAUUGCAACUUUGCUCAUGGUGCUGAAGACAUGCGACAACCCCCACCAAAUUGGCAAGAAAUUGUGGGGAUUCGUGAGGAUGAUCAAUCAGUAAGUAACUGGAAUGAUGAUCAGAAAAUUAUUCAGAAAAUGAAGCUUUGUAGGAAGUUUUAUAAUGGGGAGGAAUGCCCUUAUGGAGAUAGGUGCAAUUUUCUUCAUGAAGAUCCUGCUAAAUUUAGAGAUGAUUCUGGUAGGUUUAGGGAAAGUUCAGCUAUAAGCAUUGGAACUACUGUAACUCCAUUGACGAAUGGUAAUGAUUCUAGCUAUUCUGAACCUAGCAGAGCUGUUUCUUGUUCUGCUUCUGAUUCUCUUCGAGGUAAUGGAAAUGCAUUCUGGAAGACGAAGUUAUGCACUAAGUGGGAGGUUACUGGUCAUUGCCCCUUUGGUGAUAAGUGCCAUUUUGCUCAUGGCCGAUCUGAGUUACAACUCUCUCUUGGACGCGAGGGGGAAGUAUCUAAUCCUGCCCUCAACAUAAAUCCUCUAGUUGUGGCCAUGGAAGCAUCUCCGAAUUUGGCAGCGAGUGUCGCGACCUCUCCCCUACCAGAGGGUCAGGCGAAGCCGUGCUUGCUGAAAUGGAAAGGACCCAAGAAGAUAAAUCGGAUCUAUGCCGAUUGGCUUGAGGAUUUGCCUCUAUCUCCAACCUCAGCCAACAAAUUGGAGGUUUGAGUGUUUUUGAGUUGGAAGUUGUUUGUUCUUGUUUUGUUUUGAAAUUGGUUUGGUGAGAUUCAAUUGAUUAAUUUCAAUAUGGGGGUUGGGUUGGGUUGGUGCUGGUUUUUUCCGAGUCAUUGAGUGUAAAAAAGCAGUUUUGCUGAGAACUUUUUUGGGGGGGUAUGUUAAGAAGAGAGAGAGAGAUAGGUAUAUCUUAUAUUGUUUGUUCUUCAUAUUUGUUCAUAUCCCAUAGAAAACUGGUUUGAAAUUGUAAUGUAAUUCAAUAUAUUCCGGCAAAUUUUUUACUA